GGGGGGUAUUAUGAUGCAGAAGAAACUGGUCCGCAGAAAAAGGGAGCAGUCACUGCGCAACGGCAGAUGGGACAAUGGUAAAGAUGAGGCCGAGGGAGACAAUAGUGAGCGGGAAGAAGCCAAUGCACAAAAAACAGUGACUGAGAGAGAAAAGCGAGGGAAAGACGUACUGGAGAGCAGCACAUCAAACGCUACAGGACACAUUUGGGCGUAGCCAAGACUCCGCUUUCUAUUUGCUGCCGUAAUCCUUGUUCAGUGCAUCUAAAGUAGCCGAGCCGAGAGGAGAGCCGCGAUUGGAUUUGGAGGGGUCCCGGGGAAGGAGAACAUCAUGGGUCGGUCGGGGCUGUGCGAACUUAUCUGGAUCAUUGCUGUACUGAUCAGUCGGAAAGGAAUCCAUGGUUUUCAGUGUAUGGAUUCCUACAGACCAUGCCAAAAUGGAGGCCGAUGUACAAUGUAUUCCAAUGGAGAAGCUUCCUGUGUCUGUCUCACUUCAUGGAUUGGGGAGCUGUGCCAAUUUAAAGACCCCUGUGUUCCCUCGCCCUGUAUUAAUGGAGGGGCCUGCCAGAGUUCUAUCCGAGGGGAUACUGUACAGUACGAAUGCAGCUGUGCCAAGGGAUUCAGAGGACAAGAUUGUUCCCUCAUUGAUGCUUGUGCUUCAAACCCCUGUGAGAAUGGUGCACGCUGCACUAACUGGAAUGGCCGCUAUAAUUGCACUUGCCCGCCCGGCUAUCAGGGCCGCAGCUGCCGUGUGGAUAUAGAUGAAUGUCGCACCCCUGGGCUCUGCCAAAAUGGAGGACAAUGUGUUAAUACCCCUGGUUCCUUCCACUGCCGCUGCCCCAGUGGUUACACAGGGCAAUUCUGUGAAGCUAUUUAUGUGCCUUGUGCCCCCUCCCAGUGCCAAAACGGGGGAACCUGCAGACAGACUGGAGAUCUAACCUACCAGUGUGCUUGCCUUCCUGGUUUUGAAGGACCAAACUGUGAGAUAAAUGUGGAUGAUUGCCCAGGACACAAGUGUAUGAAUGGCGGCAUAUGUGUGGAUGGCGUGAAUACCUACAACUGCCAGUGUGCCCCAGAAUGGACAGGCCAGUACUGCACAGAGGAUGUGGAUGAAUGCCAGCUUCAACCCAAUGCCUGUCACAACGGAGGCACCUGCUUCAACACCCAGGGAGGCCACACUUGUGUUUGUGUAAAUGGCUGGACGGGGGAGAGCUGCAGUGAGAAUAUUGAUGACUGUGCUACAGCUGUGUGCUUCAAUGGAGCCACCUGCCAUGAUCGAGUGGCCUCCUUCUACUGCGAGUGUCCCAUGGGCAAGACAGGUCUUCUGUGUCAUUUGGAAGAUGCUUGUGUUAGCAACCCUUGUCACAAAGAUGCCAUGUGUGAUACCAACCCAGUGAAUGGACGUGCUAUCUGCACCUGCCCACCCGGAUUCACAGGUGGAGCCUGCGACCAGGAUGUGGAUGAGUGCUCUAUAGGUGCUAACCCCUGUGAACACUUUGGACGCUGUGUUAACACUCAGGGCUCCUUCCAAUGUCAGUGUGGACGGGGCUAUACAGGUCCCCGUUGUGAGACAGACGUAAACGAGUGCCUUUCCACCCCAUGUCAAAAUGACGCCACCUGUUUAGACCGAAUUGGAGAGUUUACUUGUAUCUGCAUGGCUGGAUUCACUGGAACAUUCUGUGAAGUGAAUAUAAACGAGUGUGAGAGCAGCCCAUGUGUAAAUGGGGGAGUCUGCAAGGAUGUGGUUAAUGGAUUCACUUGCAGCUGUCCAGCUGGGUUUACCGGCUCCAUGUGUCAAAUCGAUAUAGAUGAGUGUGCCAGUACGCCAUGCAAGAAUGGAGCUAAAUGUGUGGAUAGACCCAAUGGGUACGAGUGUCGUUGUGCCGAGGGUUUCGAGGGGCCACUAUGUGAUCGUAACAUUGAUGACUGCUCCCCUGAUCCCUGUCAUCAUGGAAAAUGUCGGGAUGGCAUUGCCAGUUUCACCUGCACGUGCGAACCAGGGUACACAGGCUAUCGUUGUGAAAAUCCGAUAAACGAGUGCCACAGCAACCCAUGUAUGCAUGGAGGAAAGUGUAUUGACCUUGUCAACAGAUACCUCUGUUACUGUCAACCAGGAACCUCAGGUGUGCACUGUGAGCACAAUACUGAUGAUUGUGCCAGUAAACCUUGUGACUACGGGGAGUGCAGAGAUGGCAUCAACCGAUAUGACUGUGUAUGCAAACCAGGGUUCACAGGGCCUCUCUGCAACAUUGAGGUGUCUCCCUGUGAGUCCAACCCAUGCCGUGCUGGGGGCACCUGCCAGGUUACACAAAAUGGCUUCCGGUGCCUCUGCCCUGAAGGACGAGGAACACGUGACUCUUUAUGCAACCCCACCCAAGAUCCUGAUAAAGAGCUCUGUCCACCAGGUUGUGUGCAUGGGGUUUGCCGCAAACUCUCAGACGGAUUCUCCUGUGAUUGUAAGAUGGGCUGGACUGGGAGAAUGUGCGAUCGGAGGAGUAGUGAUAUGUGUGCCCCCAAUCCUUGCCAGAAUGGAGGAAAUUGUAUUGACCGCCAAGGAGUGCCUGUCUGCCACUGCAGGGAUGGAUUUAGAGGUACCACAUGUCAGAUUGAUAUUGACGAGUGUGCUAUGGCCCACUGUCUGAAUGGAGGGGAGUGUGUGGACCGUAUUGCAGGAUACAGCUGCCUCUGUGCUUUGCCCUAUACAGGCCAGAAAUGUGAAACCAUCCUGGACCCUUGUGCUCCUGAUCCUUGUCAUAAUGGUGGCAUUUGCACACCGAGCCCUAACUAUGAAAGCUACACUUGCCUGUGUUCUGCUGGAUGGAAAGGGGAAACAUGUGAGACUGACAUUGAUGAGUGUGCUCGGAGUCCAUGCAAGAAUGGAGGCUUUUGUACCAACAUGCAAGGUGGAUACAGUUGUGCGUGCAUAUCUGGAUUUAAAGGGCAAGACUGCGAAACUGAUAUUGAUGACUGUAAUCCCAAUCCCUGCCUCAAUGGUGGCGCCUGUAAAGAUGGAAUAAACUCCUUAGCUUGCACCUGCAUGCCGGGUUUCACCGGAUCUCGGUGCGCAGAUGAGAUCAACGAGUGCCUGAGCAAUCCCUGCUGUAAUGGGGCCACCUGCAAGGAUUACGUCAACAGCUAUGUUUGUUCUUGUGCUCCAGGCUACACAGGUCCUAUAUGCGAAACAAACAUCCAGGACUGCACAGAAAGUUCCUGCUUCAAUGGCGGCACGUGUGUGGACGGAGUCAAUUCUUACACCUGCCUGUGCCGACCUGGCUUUACAGGCUCCCACUGCCAGAAUGAAGUUGAUGAAUGUGCAUCGAGGCCUUGCCAGAAUAGAGCUGUGUGCGUGGAUGGAGUGGAGUCUUAUCGCUGUAUUUGUCCUUAUGGUUACACAGGCGCCCAGUGUGAGAAUUUGGUCGAUCUCUGUCGGCGCUCUCCUUGCCAGAAAGGAGGCCGUUGUACUCAGACAGGUCCUUCCUUCCACUGUGAGUGCCCUGCAGGUUGGGCUGGCAGUUACUGCGAUGUUCCACGAGUGUCCUGUGAGGUGGCGGCAGCCAAGAGAAAUGUACGUGCCGAUCAGCUCUGCCACUCUGGUGGGAUCUGUGUGAAUGCUGGAAGCUCCCAUCAUUGUAUCUGCAGAGGGGGUUAUACAGGCAGCUACUGUGAGAAUCCAAUUAACCAGUGUGACCCAGAUCCCUGUCACAAUGGAGGGGCUUGCCACAGCUAUCUGGGUGGCUACGUGUGUGAGUGCCCUUCUGGAUAUGAAGGGAAGAACUGCGAGUACGAUAUAAAAGAAUGCCAGUCUCACCCGUGCCAGAAUGCUGGUACAUGCAUUGAUCUGAUUGGUCGUUAUAUAUGUUCCUGUCCACCUGGGACACUUGGUGUGCUGUGUGAAAUUAAUGAGGAUGACUGCUCUCCAUUCUCAAGCUCUGGACCACCGAAGUGCUUAAAUAAUGGAACAUGUGUAGACAAAGUUGGAGGCUACCGCUGUAACUGCCCACCAGGGUACACAGGAGAGAGGUGUGAGGGCGAUAUUAAUGAAUGUCUGUCUGGACCCUGUCACACUCAGAAUACCCGUCACUGUGUCCAACUGGCCAAUGACUACCAGUGCAUCUGCAAGAGUGGCUAUACUGGACGAUGCUGCCAAAGUGUAGUGAACACCUGUGAGUCCCGUCCAUGCCGAAAUGGAGGCGUGUGCAGUGUUACUGUUAACACACCACUUGGCUACACCUGCCGUUGUCCUCUGGGUUUUACAGGUCCCUCUUGUGAGCGACUACCCCUUUCUUGUCGGGAACUUUCCUGCCCUUCUGGUUCUACUUGUCUUCCUCCUCCACUAGGCCCUCGCUGUAUCUGCCGUCCUGGUGUUCUCUGUCGCACCCCUAACAACACCUCUUCUCUGACCCCUGCACCCUCACCCUGUUCUAAUGUACCUUGUCGUAAUGGAGCCACUUGUAUUCCCAAUAUCCAUUUCCCUUACUACCAGUGUAAGUGCCCUCCUGGCACAUCCGGGCCACGAUGCGAUGCGCAAACCCCCCGAAUUCUAAUCCAAACCCCAGCCCCAGGGUGUGUCCCAUCACAAUGUCCAGGAAAGGCAGGAGAUGGGCAUUGUGACCGGGAGUGUAAUGUUGCCAUGUGCCAGUGGGAUGGUGGAGACUGUUCCCUGAGUGUGGAUGAUCCUUGGAGGAAUUGCCCACGUCAAGAAUGCCGCUCACUUUUCAACAAUUCUCAGUGUGAUAAAGAGUGCACCUCUGCCGACUGCCUGUACGAUAACUUUGACUGCCGUGGAAGGGAGGAACGGAGCUGCAACCCUGUGUAUGAGCAGUACUGUAUGGAUCAUUAUGGUGAUGGCCGCUGUGACCAGGGAUGUAACCUUGAGGAAUGUGGCUGGGACGGCUUGGACUGUGCCAAGAGCUCAGAUAAGGAGGUUUUGGCAGAUGGAGUGCUGGUCGUGGUUGUGCUUAUUUCCCCUAAUGAGUUGUUGAAACAGAGCACUGCAUUCCUUCAGCGGCUCAGCUCCAUCCUACAUACAAGUUUGCGCUACUGCACUGAUAGCAAUGGCAAUUAUAAGAUUAAACCUUACCGGAGAAGCCAAAUGCUGGAUGGAAGGAAGAAGAGGGAACUGGACAGCGAUAUCAUUGGUUCGGAAGUUAUGUUGGAGAUUGAUAACCGAAUUUGUGUGAAGGAGACACCCGACUGCUUCCCAAAUGCUGAAACUGCGGCCCGGUUUCUUGCAGCUCUAAGUGCACUAGAGAGGCUGCAGUUUCCCUAUCCAAUCAAAGCUGUGCGCUGUGAGAUCAUUGAAGAAGUGCCAGAUAACUCCCGCUUCCUGCCAUUAUUUGGGGUGGCUGGUGUGCUCAUCUUGAUCGUUGCAGUACUGGGCGUCGUUGUUUCUCGCAGAAAGAGAACACAUAGCACCCUCUGGUUCCCAGAGGGCUUUAUAUUGAAGAAAGACAGAGACCGGCGAGAGCCCGUGGGACAGGAUGCUCUGGGACUCAAAAACAUUGCUAAAGCAGAACGUCUCAUGGAAGACCCUUCGGAAGACUGGACAGAGACGGAUUGCCCUGAGACUAAGAAACUAAAGACAGAGGAGCUUUCCCCAUGUAGACAGGACCCUGUUGACCCACGUCCAUGGACCCAGCAUCACCUGGCAGCUGCUGACAUCAGACUCCCUCCUGCCACCGCACUUACCCCACCACAGGGUGACUACGAGAGUGAUGGAAUGGAUGUCAAUGUGAGAGGACCAGAUGGCUUCACUCCCCUGAUGCUAGCCUCAUUCUUGGGUGGGGGACUGGAACCCGAGUCACAGGAAGAAGAUGAGGAAGGGGAAGCUUCUGCUAUUACUGAUCUUAUCUGCCAGGGGGCCUCUCUUGGAGCCCAGACUGACCGAACAGGUGAGACGGCCCUACACCUUGCUGCACGCUAUUCCCGAGCUGAUGCUGCCAAGAGACUACUGGAUGCUGGAGCAGACCCCAAUGCACAAGAUCACACCGGCCGCACCCCACUCCAUGCUGCUGUAGCUGCUGAUGCACAGGGAGUUUUCCAGAUUCUGAUCCGAAACCGGUCCACAGACCUGGAUGCACGUAUGGGCGAUGGUUAUACUGCACUAAUUCUGGCAGCGCGAUUGGCUGUGGAAGGGAUGGUGGAAGAACUGAUUACUUGUCAUGCUGAUGUCAACGCUGUGGAUGAACUCGGUAAAUCGGCUCUUCACUGGGCAGCAGCUGUGAAUAACAUUGAGGCAACCCUAGCUCUGCUGAAGCACGGAGCUAAUAAAGACAUGCAGGACAGCAAGGAGGAGACCCCGCUGUUUCUUGCUGCCCGUGAAGGUAGUUACGAAGCUGCUAAAGUUCUUCUUGAUCACUACGCCAACCGUGAGAUCACUGACCACAUGGACCGGCUCCCUCGUGACAUUGCACAAGAGCGGUUGCACCACGACAUUGUGCAGCUUUUGGAGGAACACAACACUGUCAGGAAUUCCCAGGACCCCAUGGGUGGACACACCAUGUCACCACUCCUCUGCCAUCCUAACGGCUUUAUGGGCAACGUGAAGCAGACCCCACAAGGGAGGAAGAACCGGAGGGUAAAUGCUAAAGCUAAUGGGGCCAGUCUGAGCCGGGCAGAAGCCAAGGAUGCAAAGGGCAGGGGCAAGAAGCUAUCUCUUGACUGUCACUCUGGAAAUGGGGCAUUGUUGGAGAGUUCAGUCAAUCUCUCACCUGUUGACUCCCUUGAUUCACCCCGUGCUUAUAGUGCUAAUCCAGGAUCUCCUGUGAUGCCAGCACCAGGGAACUUCAGCCUUGGUUCCCUGUCUAUGCCCUCUACCCCUCUUGUGAAUGGGCUGAUGGAAGGGCCCUUUGCCGUGUCACUGGCAAGGCUGAAUGAGUUGGGUGAUGCCCAAGGGAUUGAAAUGAUGGCAUUACAGGGCAGAGUUCCUUUGCAGAGAACACCAAGCUGUGUGGUGAAUAGCUUGAAUCUGGGUAUGAUAAACACAAACCCCAUGCCCUUUAUAUGGCAGAAUGCCGGGCCACCUUCUCAUCCAUCAUCUCGCAAUGUUAUGACCGGAGCUCCUGCAGCCUCUGUUCCCAACUUGCACCAGCUCCACGCUCAGCAGGUGGUAAUGAUGCAGAAUCAGAUGGCGAUGCGGAGCCCGGUGAAGAUGUCGAUGGAUCAGCAGUGCCAGAUGGUGUCCAUACCCCUCAACCCCGUGCACAUGAGACAGCAAAGUAUGCCACAUGUUAAUGAGAGGUCAAUCCAGCCGCUGACCCCAACCGAAGGCAGUUACUUCAAACAGCAGAGUAUGCCCAAUGAUGGCACCAUCCAGACAUCACCAGCCAUGUCUGUUGCUCCUCAGCAGACCUUCGCACCCUCUCAAGAGGACACACCUAAACACUACCUGCACAUUCCCAAUGAGCACCCAUACCUGACACCCUCUCCUGAGUCACCUGAGCAGUGGUCCAGCCCGUCCCCUCACUCUGUGUCCGAGUGGUCUGGUACCACCCCUAGCCCCAUAGUGGUGGGGGCAACGCAUGGACAGGCACCCCACAUACCAGAGCAGGGCAGCAACAUGCAGGUGUUUGCCUGAGCUGACUCUCUUUGCUUCGCUGGUUUUAAUCACCUCCUUCCCUCUGUCCAUUAACCACCAUUUUCUUUAAUCUUUCCCCCAAUAUUCAUGUCACUGUUGCCUUUUUGAACCAUCGCGAAAAUGAAAAUUUAAUAAAAGCUUCAGCACACGGAAAUAAGAAACUAAAUACAUCCAAUUAAAAAUUCUGUACCGUUUCUGGAAUAAUCAAGUUUAUGUUCACUAUGAUGUCUGGUGAU